CACAUACACAAAGGAACAGUGGAGUUGUCUAGUUCGUGGCUGCUAUUCUCGACUUUUUCACUUGCUUAAUUUAAUCAUUAGUUGGUAGAAAUAUGUUUUCUUGUGCAAACGUCUCGACGUUUUGAACAUCGUUGUCGUGUAAAACGUUAUGUCGUCGAACAACAAUAAUAUGUACUGCAGAGUGUCAACGGCGACGACUAACGCUUUGCAAAAACGUCCUACUCUUUCUCAACAGCAGCAUCAAGCCGAAGAGCAGCAAAGCGACUCUGAGCCAAACGUCUGGGCCAACACACUGAGACAGGAAAAUGGUCUGCAGAGCCCAACCCCAAACUUGUAUGUGGAUAACCAGGACGGGUCGGGCGAUAUCAUCCAAAUUACACAGCCGCCUUCGAAUAGCAGUGUACCAACAUCUCCGCUAACUACUCAUCCAUUACUUAGCCAUCAGCAGCAACGGCCCAUUAGCUUCAAUAAUGCGAAGGCCUCAACGAUUGAUCCCAACUGGCAAGCCAAUAAGAUUAGUAUCAGAGAGCGAAAUGCAGCCAUGUUCAACAACGAGCUGAUGGCCGACAUAUUCUUCGUGGUUGGGCCGCCUGGUGGAACGCAAACCAUCCCGGCCCAUAAAUAUGUUCUCGCCACAGGCAGCUCCGUAUUUCACGCUAUGUUUUUCGGAGGCUUAGCCGAAAGCGAGGCGCGAAUUGAAGUGCCUGAUGUUGAACCAGCAGCAUUUCUAACCCUUUUGAAAUACUUGUAUUGUGAUGAGAUCACAUUGGAAGCCGACACGGUUCUAUCGACACUUUAUGUAGCCAAGAAGUACAUCGUACCACAUUUGUGCCGUGCUUGUGUUCUCUUUCUUGAAACGAGUUUAACCGCCCGUAAUGCUUGCCUCCUUCUCAGUCAAUCACGAUUGUUUGAAGAGCCAGAGCUGAUGUCACGCUGCUGGGAAGUGAUAGAUGCUCAAGCCCAACUGGCCCUCCACUCGGAAGGAUUCACCGAAAUAGAUAUGGAUACACUGAAACAAAUUCUCCAGCGUGAAACUUUGAACUGCAAAGAGUCCGUGAUUUUCCAAGCUGCAUUGCAAUGGGCGGCCGCCGAAUGUAAACGCCGCAGCCUCGAAGUUGAUUCUACCAAUUGCCGCACAGUUAUGGGCGACUCUCUCUUUUUAAUUCGACUACCUACAAUGACCCUCGAGGAUUUUGCGAACGAAGCCGCACAGUCUGGAAUUUUGACACUUCAAGAAACCACCGACGUUUUUUUAUACUACACGGCAAGAAAUAAACCAUCCCUUCUUUACAGUUGCAAGCCUCGAGCUGGAUUAAAACCUCAGGUGUGUCACCGAUUCCAAUCGUCGGCUUACAGGAGCAACCAAUGGCGUUACCGUGGCAGAUGCGAUAGUAUUCAGUUUUGUGUUGAUAAACGUAUCUUCAUCGUUGGCUUCGGUCUUUACGGUUCUUCAAACGGAUCAGCUGACUACAGCGUGCGAAUCGAAUUAAAACGUCUUGGUCGUGUGCUGGCUGAAAACCACGCUAAAUUCUUCUCGGAUGGAUCGAGCAACACCUUUCACGUCCAAUUUGAACAGCCGAUUCAGGUUGAGCCGGACACGUUUUACACAGCUUCAGCCAUCCUCGAUGGUUCAGAGCUUAGCUAUUUCGGACAAGAGGGCUUAAGUGAAGUUAACGUAAGCAACGUCACUUUCCAGUUUCAAUGCUCAUCGGAGAGCACUAACGGAACAGGGGUUCAAGGAGGUCAGAUCCCAGAAUUGAUCUUUUAUGGCCCUUCUCCGCCGCAGAAACAAGUGGAUGAAAGUUCUACAAAAGUCGAAUAGAUGAAGCAAACAGAAUUGGUAUGAAAAUCAUUUCUGUUCAAGUUGGUCAAAUGUAAAUAUUGUUUCGCAUGUUACAAACUUUUGUCCCUUAUUGUUUGUCAUGAAGUUUGAAAUUAUUCACCCUUCUGCUUUUCUUUCUCCAAUGACGUGUGGGAUUGAAUCACUCUUUUGUCUGUGUUAAAAAUAGAAGUUAAACGCGAACUGUUUGUUUCGAAUUUCACAUCAGUUUUUGCAAAACGAAAUAUACCGCUUUACUUCGAAA